AAGGCACAACCUGUUAAGGUAUUUCUUGGACACACCUCAGUAAGAACUAAGCAAGUCAGCACAUUGUGACUCUGGCAGCUGAAUUAGAUCCAGGUCUGUCAGGACCUUUUCCACUGACAUACAGGAUCUAAAUCGCAAUGGAUUGGAAGACAUUCCAGGGUCUCUUAAGUGGUGUGAACAAGUACUCAACAGCUUUUGGACGCAUUUGGUUAUCAGUUGUCUUUGUAUUCCGAGUUCUAGUCUAUGUGGUUGCAGCAGAGAAAGUAUGGGGAGAUGAGCAGAAAGAUUUUGAUUGUAAUACCCGGCAACCAGGCUGCACCAAUGUCUGCUACGACCACUACUUCCCCAUCUCUCAUAUUCGACUUUGGGCUCUCCAGCUCAUAUUUGUGACAUGCCCUUCCCUUCUGGUAAUAAUGCAUGUUGCUUAUAGAGAAGAAAGAGAAAAAAAGAACCGCUUGAAAAAUGGUGAGAAUUGUUCAAAGCUGUAUUUAAAUACUGGCAAGAAACAUGGAGGUCUUUGGUGGACUUACCUUCUCAGUCUUUUUUUCAAAACUGGCAUAGAAAUCACCUUUCUAUAUAUCUUGCAUACAAUGUGGGACAGCUUUGACAUGCCUCGGCUUGUCAAGUGUACUAAUAUCGAUCCCUGCCCCAACAUCGUGGAUUGUUACAUCGCAAGGCCAACCGAGAAGAAAGUUUUCACCUACUUCAUGGUAGCUGCUUCUGCAAUCUGCAUCGUCCUCAGCAUUUGUGAGAUAUUUUACCUCCUCUUCAAAAGAUUUGUCAGCUGUGCUAACAAGUACAAAAAGCCCAACCAUCACUCAGUAACCUACAGCAAGGCUUCUACCUGCCAGUGCCACGUCCACUUAGAUAGCCCAGAGAAGAAGCCACUUAAUAAAACAAUUGAAUCAUUAAGAGCUUCAGCGCCAAAUUUAACAGCUUUGUAAUUCCGUUCCAUCGGUCCAUACUAUAUUUUGUCUUCAUCACAGACCUUAAUUAUCCAGCAUUACCCAUAAAAAGAAAGGUUUUAUAUUCAGUUUGUAAGACCAGUCUGUAUGAACAGUCUUUCUUAUGUACAGCCAUUUUGGAGAAUGCAUUGGUGAGAGCUGGUUGGUGAAAAUAAAGGAAAUGAGUCUCCUAAAGUUUCUCCGUCUAUUAAAGCUACUAAAACAUACUAGCCAUGCUUAAUGUUUACAAGACAUAGCAUUUCCUAUUAUUGAAGCCUCAAGAAAAGUUGUAUGGACACAACAAAUCGGGAUGGAUUACAGUAUAAUAUGUAACUGCCUGCUCUUUGGAUCAAAGAGUAUCAGAUACACACUACUUCAUUUCAUGGUUUUUAUGAGAGGUGCCACUCAGCGAUCGGAAUGGAUUUCAAAUAAGUAAACGAAACACUGCUACAGUAUAUGCUCAUCUAAACUUGACUGGUGAUAUUUGCUCUCUCUCAAAGCUAAGGAGGUUGAACAAUAACUGCAUUCUCAAUAACAAUUAUAGACAUUGUAUAUGUCCUUGCAGACUCUUAUUAAGCCAGUUUGAUACUUUGCUGUUGAUACUUUCUAUUAUGCCUGCGUUCCGUCAGAUUAGAUGACCGAUUACUCAUUCAGCUCAAUACAGAGCAGGUCUCUUGUCUAAACGGUUCCCUCUAGUCAGGGCCGGCCCUACCAUGGGACCCAAUGGUACCAUUGUACCAGGCAGCACUUUCAGGGGGGCAGCAAAUUGCC